AUGACGCGGAAAGACAGCCUAACACUCAUGGCCGUGUGCCUCGUGUCCGCCAUACUGGUAGUGUCGGCUGCGGCUGCCCCUGAUGGCACCGGCAAGGUGGAGUCGCCGUGCAUCGGCGUCGACCUUGGUACGACGUACUCGGUCGCUGGUGUUUGGCAGAAGGGUGAGGUCCACAUCAUCACGAAUGAGAUGGGUAACCGCAUCACCCCGUCUGUGGUCGCCUUCACCGACGCGGAGCGUCUGGUCGGCGAUGGUGCGAAGAAUCAGCUGCCGCAGAACCCGGAGAACACCAUCUACGCCAUCAAGCGUCUCAUCGGCCGCAAGUACGCCGACCCCACCGUUCAGAAUGACAAGAAGCUGCUCUCGUACCACAUUGUGGCGGACACGAGUGGCAAGCCGCUCGUGCAGGUGACGGUCAAGGGCCAGCCGAAGCGGUUCACGCCGGAGGAGGUGAGCGCCAUGGUGCUGCAAAAGAUGAAGGAGAUCUCCGAGACCUUCCUCGGCGAGAAGGUGAAGAACGCCGUCGUGACGGUGCCAGCGUACUUUAAUGAUGCGCAGCGCCAGGCAACGAAGGACUCCGGUAAGAUCGCCGGCCUUAACGUCGUCCGCAUCAUCAACGAGCCCACAGCGGCGGCCAUAGCGUACGGGCUCAACAAGGCUGGCGAGAAGAACAUCCUGGUCUUCGACCUCGGUGGCGGCACGUUCGAUGUGUCCCUGCUGACCAUCGACGAGGGUUUCUUCGAGGUGGUCGCUACGAACGGUGAUACCCACCUUGGUGGUGAGGACUUCGAUAAUAACAUGAUGAAGUUUUUCGUGGACGGCCUCAAGCGCAGGCACAACGUCGAUAUCUCGAAUGACCAGAAGGCUCUGGCCCGUCUGCGCAAGGCAUGCGAGGCUGCGAAGCGUCAGUUGUCGUCUCACCCUGAGGCGCGCGUAGAGGUUGACAGCCUUGUCGAGGGCCACGACUUCAGCGAGAAGAUCACGCGGGCCAAGUUCGAGGAGCUGAACAUGGCCCUCUUCAAGAACACGCUUGUGCCCGUGCAGAAAGUGCUGGAGGAUGCAAAGCUGAAGAAGAGUGACAUCGACGAGAUCGUCCUGGUCGGCGGCUCGACCCGAAUUCCGAAGGUGCAGCAGCUCAUCAAGGACUUCUUCAGCGGCAAGGAGCCAAAUAAGGGCAUCAACCCCGACGAGGCCGUCGCAUACGGCGCUGCGGUGCAGGCGGCCGUGCUGACGGGCGAGAGCGAGGUGGGCGGCAAGGUCGUGCUCGUCGAUGUGAUUCCCUUGUCUCUCGGCAUCGAGACCGUUGGCGGAGUCAUGACGAAGCUGAUCGAGCGCAACACGCAGAUCCCGACCAAGAAGAGCCAGAUCUUCUCCACCUAUCAGGACAACCAGCCCAGCGUGCUGAUCCAGGUCUUCGAGGGCGAGCGCGGGAUGACGAAGGACAACCGCCUGCUUGGCAAGUUCGACCUCUCCGGCAUCCCGCCGGCGCCGCGAGGCGUGCCGCAGAUCGAGGUUGCCUUUGAUGUGGACGAGAACAGCAUCCUGCAGGUGACGGCCAGCGACAAGUCCUCUGGAAAGCGGGAGGAGAUCACCAUCACUAACGACAAGGGCCGCCUCAGCGAGGAGGAGAUCGAGCGCAUGGUGCGCGAGGCCGCCCAGUUCGAGGAUGAGGACCGCAAGGUGCGCGAACGUGUCGAAGCGAAGAACUCGCUGGAGAGCAUCGCGUACUCCCUUCGCAACCAGAUCAACGACAAGGACAAGCUUGGUGAAAAGCUCGGGGCGGACGACAAGAAGGCAGUUGAAGAGGCCGUGAAGGAGGCGCUCAACUUUGUCGACGAGAACCCCAAUGCAGACCGUGAGGACUUCGAGGCUGCACGCACGAAGCUGCAGAGUGUGACGAACCCCAUCAUUCAGAAGGUAUACCAGGCCGCCGGCGGCUCAAGUGCAGAGGAGGCGGACGCGAUGGAUGACUUGUAG